GCGAUUUCCUGCCCGAGGAUCCGUAAAAUGUAAAAUUUAUUUGUUUACACAUUGAAUGGUUAUUUUAUAUAAUAAAUACACAUAUAUUUUUAUUGUCUACCUUAUAACAACAUUCGAUACAUCACCAGUGAAUCGGAUAGUUUCCCUUUAUUUGAAGGUUAAAUCCUACGCAGCCUAAAAUGGCUAAGAGUGUUCAACAUUCCAAAAUUGUAUACCCACCGGGAUGCAAGGAACUUACAGAGGAUGUUGGGAAAGAUGAACUUAUUCGCCGUUUAAAAAUUUUGGCGAGAGCAUUUCAAGAUAUGGGGCAAGAUGACAAUGAUAGCUAUGCCCCACUGGCUCUACUGUUGGCUACAGACACCUAUAUGGAACAUAGCAACAAAGAUGUCCGCUUGCUUACAGCAUGUUGUAUUGCCGAUGUGUUCAGAAUUUUUGCCCCUGAAGCUCCCUACAAAGAGCUUGAUCAGUUAAAGGAAAUCUUUAUGUUCUUCAUACAACAGCUGAGGGGAUUAGAAGAUCCUGAUGCUCCAUCUUUUAAAAGAUAUUUCUAUUUACUAGAGAAUCUGAGUUGGGUGAAAUCUUUUAACAUUUGUAUUGAGCUAGAAGACAACCAAGAAAUAUUUUGUGCCCUGUUUAAACUUUUCUUCUCAAUCAUUAAUGAGAAACAUACCAGCAAAGUGAAGACCUUCAUGCUGGACAUCAUGGCACCUCUGAUUACUGAGGCAGACUUUAUGUCACCAGAGCUACUGGAGACUAUACUUGUCAAUAUGGUUGACCCAAACAAGACACAGAAGAAAAUGGCUUUUGCUAUGGCCAAAGACUUGAUCAAGAGAACAUCCACUACUAUUGAACCUUAUAUUCAGACAUUUUUCAACAACAUGCUAAUGCUUGGCAAGCAAGCUGAAAAUGACAUUGGCAACCACUUGUAUGAUUUGAUCUACGAGUUGAACCAGGUGUCACCAAGUAUAUUGUUGGCUGUCAUACCUCAGUUGGAGUUUAAACUUAAGAGUAAUGAGGAAACAGAAAGGAAGAGUGUCACCAAACUUCUGGCUAAAAUGUUCUCUGAGAAGGAUUCAGAUCUUGCUGUUCAGAACAGAGCUCUUUGGGUCUGCUUUUUGGGAAGAUUUAAUGACAUAAGUGUCUCAAUCAGAGUAGCAUGCAUACAACAAACUCAACACUUCAUCUUGAACCAUCCAGAAUUGGUCAAAGACAUAUUAGAGCAAAUCAAGGUUCGUCAGCAUGACCCAGAGGAGUCGGUUAGAAUGGAUGUAGUGAAUAGCUUGCUGGCAGUUGCUAAAAAAGAUUUGAAAGCCAUGACAUCAGAUAUGUUGCAGUUUGUCAAAGAGCGCACAUUGGACAAAAAGUUUAAAAUUCGGCGUGAUGCCCUGUGGGGUCUUGGUACAAUGUACAAGCAAGCAAUAAUUGAUAAAGAAGUGCCAGAUCCUGAACUGGUCAGCAGAUUAGAGUUUGUGAAAAACAAAGUAUUUCAUCAUUACUACCAGAAUACACCAGAUGACAGAUUGCUAGUUGAGCGUAUGUUGAACAUUCAUUUAGUUCCCUAUCAAAAGCCAGUCAAUGAGAGAAUGGCAAUCCUUCUGAAUCUCUAUUCCACUUUGGAUGAGCAUGCUGUCAGAGCAUUUUCUGAGAUGUUAAAAUGUAGAAACAAUGUACGUCAGUUGGUCUUACAGCUGGUUGAAGCUCAUGACAAAGCUAAUGAAGCAAGCCCCCCACCUGUUUUGCCUAAACUGAACCAGUUGGCCCGGACAAUGUCAGACUUACUUCGGCCUCAAGAAUGUUUGAAAAAGUUUAACCUCUUGCUUAAAGACGAUGCCAGACUGAGGUUGUUGAUGAAGACGCUGGUGGGAUCAUCUUGUACUUGCAAAAAAGCUGAAGAGAUUGUGAAAGAAAUCUUGAAGAAGAUUGGGUGCACUUCAGGAACACCCAACAUACUGUAUCAACUAGUUAAAACAUUGCUGGAGAGAGUAGCUCCUGUGAUGGUGGACUCUUUGGCCAUUGACCACUUAGUUCUAGCUGUGUCUGAGAGAGUUGCAGGUGUUGAAGAUGACAAGGACCCCAUAGAUGGUGGAGAUCAGAAAGGAGUCCAGCUUUUACUGACCCUGUCACAGUACUUCCCAUUUUACUUCAAAAGUGUGGAGAUUUUUGAAAAUUUCUUGACAUUUGUUAAACAUGAUGAUGAUAUUGUCAGCGAUCUGGCCAUACAGAUUAUAACCAAUACAGGCUCACAGCUUCACAUAGACCAUCCAGAUGUUUAUUCUUCAUUGGUUCCUCUACUGACAAAUAUUGCCAAGUUUGGAUCACCAAGACAAGCCAAACAUGCCCUCAGGUGCAUCAACACUAUCUGUAUCAAUAAAGAGCAGGCAGUGACCAGUAUAUUUGAGUCUAUCCAAGGAGCGUUGAACCCAGACAAUGCUAACUAUCUGACAGCCAUUGUUUCCCUUGGUCACAUUGCCCAACUGUUUCCUAAACUAUUUCCUUCCGAGAUCAAAAGCAUUGUUUCUAAGGUCAUAGUCAAGGACCUUUUAAUGAAAGACAGAACGCAAGGAUUGGCAACAGAAGAUUCCUGGUGCUCUGAUCAUCAAGUGUCUGAUGAAACCAAAGCUAAAGUGCAAGCUAUGAAACUUUUAGUCCGAUGGCUUUUAGGAGUUAAAUCUAAUACCAGUAACUCUGGUACGUCAACACUAAGACUGUUGUAUACUGUUAUUAUUCAUGACGGUGAUCUUAUGGAGAAUGGCUUGACAAACAAACCCGAGUUGGCAAGACUGCGUCUCCAAGCAGGAUGCUGCAUGCUAAAAUUAGCCGAAGAACCAUGUUAUGCGGAAAUUAUUGUUAAAGAGCAAUUCCAAGCCCUGGCAUUGAUGCUAAAUGAUGUGUGUUAUCAAGUUCGACUUCGUUUUGCCAACCGCCUUCACAAAGGUCUGAUUAGUUUGAAGCUGCCGCUUGAGUAUAUGUCGAUACUGUGUCUUGGUGCUAACGAUCCAAUCAAAGAAAGAAGGCAACAGCUAAAACAGUUCCUGUCUCAGAACAUCUCUAAGAGGAGAGAUUAUAUUAAACAAAACCCAAGUGCUAGAGGCCGUAUGUUCUACUUGCUGCCAGACUAUGUCAUCCCUUACACAAUACAUCUCCUUGCUCAUGACCCAGAUUUCAAAUCUUAUGAAGAUGUAGAAAGUCUGAAAAGUUUAAAAGAGUGUCUAUGGUUUAUGAUGGAUCCACUGACACACAAACACGAAGACUAUAACUAUGCAUUCCUUCGACGCAUGAUAGAAAACAUAAAACAGACCAAAGAUGCUCAAUGUCCUGAUGACGAGGGCGCUAACAAGAAAUUGUAUGCUGUGUGUGAUAUUGCUCUUGGUUUGAUGCAUGCCAAGACUGGAACAAUCACUUUGAAAGAAAUAACUCAAGAUCCAAUUUUACCCAGCAAACUUUUUACUGCUCCAGACAAGAAUUAUUCAAAUCUUCAAAGUUAUUUACCUAAAGAUUUUCCCUUUGAAUCAAAGAGGCGGGUUGGUGGCUCAGUGAAUUAUACUGGGGAGGUGAAGAAGUCUUCAUCAUCAGAGCAGACAACCACAGAGAUAGUUGUGCUGAGCCAUGCUCCUGUUGUUAAUCCUUUACCUAGAGUACCACCUCAGGACAGAGGGCCCUUUAUGAGAAAAAGGAAAGCCACAGAGAAGGAGAAACAGUCUGUUGGGGAAGGCUUUGACUCUGAUUCUCAAUCAUCUAAAGUCUCUGAGACUGAUGAACCUGUAAAAGCCAAGCUGGUCAAACCUAAAAUGUCUGCGGCAGUGAAAGUACCUGUGACAGUGAAAGUACCUGGUAAGAGGGGUCGGCCCAAAAAAAUUCGAGAUGAUGACCCCCCACCUAAGGAACCAAAACCUGAGCUUAAAGGAUCUGAAUCUCCACCAGCUGCCAAGAAAGCUAAACCAUCGGCUGUGAAAGCUGGCACUAAACAGACUAAAAUUGAAGACUUUGCUGGUGGCAAAGGUAAAAAUUCACAGAAUGGAAACACCCCAGUACACAAAGCCAAAGCUCAAACACCAAGCAACAAAGAUGUGAAAAAGAAAGCCCAGCUCCCAGCGUCACCCUUACUCAAAGUUGUCACGCCUCCUGCACCAGGGAGAGGUAGGAAGAGAAAGUCUGAGCAAGAAUCUGUGGGAAGUGGGAAAAAAGAUGACAGACCAAGUCCUGCCGUGGUGAAACGUCUAAAACCUCCAACUUUGCGAGAAGAUUUUAGUCGUAAUCCAUCUCUCAGGUCCACCAGGCCCAGUCCAGUACACAUACAAAGUGGUCGGAAGCGGUCGCCACCUUCAUCUCCAACAGCUACUGGAUCAUCUCUCAGUCCAUCUAAAAUAUCCAAAGUCAGCCGAGGUGUUCUGAGAACAUCUAGUGAUUCAGGCUCAGAAAGAUCUUGUUCCCCUUCAGCACUAACACCCCCUGCCAAGCGAGGUCCAAUGACUAGACCGGAACCUAUUCAAUUGAAUGUUCGCAACACGAAAAGUCGAGUAGCAAAUGGUACAUCAGAUGGAGAAGAUACACCAGAAACAGAAGUUUCCCAGUCAUCAAGUGUAACCCCCAAUAAACCUGCUUCCAAUGCUUCAUCGUUAUUAGAUGAAGAGGAAGACACAUUAAAUGUAAAAAGAAAGACAAGAACAAGACAAAUGAAAAGUUGAAGAAUGCCCCCUGGUUGUAUUUCUUUUGUUCUUUCAUUUCCCACAUCGUUUGUUUCAAACCAAUCUUUUCAUGUGAGUUGGAGGCAUUCAGCUCAAAGUGAAUUGUUUCCCCUUGUUGUCCUGAGUAUAUGAAAGAGAGCUUGUCUGAUGUGUGACACUUGGAAGCUGAACUAUUACAAUCUUUCCACCACUGAUUAUUGUCAUUGUUUGCUUACAGCCACACUAUUUCUUUGCUAAAUUGGUUUGUUUUAAAAAUGUAUCUCAUGGUUUAAAAAAUGUUUCCUAAGAAGUUUUCUUUUAAAUUUUAUCAUUUAGAUCAUAUCAAUAACUUAAAAUUGUAUAUUAAAAAAUGGUAAGAUUUUAGGGGACUACAUUUCCAUGCGUAAUUGACACUUUUCUGGAGCAAUUAAGAGUAAGAUUAUAAGCAGUGAAAUAAUGUUAAUAAUUUAGUGAAUAUUCAUUUGUAAUAUAACCCUUUCACAUACCUUUAGCAACAUUCAUUUUAGUCCAUGUUUUUUUAACAUUUAAUGCUGUAUCUAUUAUUACAAUUUAAUUGUGCACUUUUUGGAAGCAUUUAUGAGUAACCUAUUAGUAUUGGCCAACAAGUUACCAGAGCUUAGUCAUAACAAAGUUUUCAGCAAUCCAUCUGAUUUAUCAUUCAGAUGUAAUGAACUUUUAGGGGAAUAUAGUAGGCCUACUAAUGAUUUUAUUAUGACAAAAAGGAUACAAGUUUAAAGAGUGACUUGAUGAAGAGGAAUUAAAAAAAGAAGUGUUGUUUCUUUUUAAUUUCUACCUAAUCUUUAUUCUUUAGGACUUAAGUUUAUUUGCUUUUUUUUUUUUUUUUUGGGUUACAUUUCAUUGUCUUCAUUCAUCACUAAUGUUGCCUUGUAAUGUGCUAUAGUGUUUUGAUUAAAAACAAAUUUAUACAA